CAGUCAACACUUCCUGUUUAUUUUAGCUACUGCUGUCACAGUAAAAUACACUGUAUUUGAUGACUAUACGUUAAUUUGUUGGUAUAACACCAUUAUAUAGAGACCAAAAUGAUUCCAUAUACUGUAAAUAUUAAACUCGCUGCGCGGACACUGACUGGAACCGUACAUUUACAGAACAAAACAGCAGUCGAUUGGGGGUGGCAGGGACUGAUUGCCCAAGGAUGUCACUCCAGCAUCCUCAUCAUCGACCCAAAAACGUCCCAGACCAUUCAGGUCCUGGAGAGGCACAAAGCCAAUGUUGUCAAGGUGAGAUGGUCCAGGGAGAACUAUCACCACAAUCUGAGCUCGCCCUACUCCCUGCGGCUGGCGUCGGCUGACGCUGCUGGGAAGAUCAUCGUCUGGGACGUGGUGAGCGGCACGGCUCACUGCGAGAUCCAGGAGCAUGCCAAACCCAUCCAGGAUAUGGACUGGCUGUGGGCGCAGGAUGCCUCUCGGGACCUGCUCCUAGCUGUUCAUCCCCCCAACUACAUCGUGCUGUGGAAUGGAGACACUGGGACCAAGCUGUGGAAGAAGAGCUAUGCUGAGAAUAUCCUCUCUUUCUCCUUUGAUCCCUUCGACCCAUCCAACCUUGCCUUGUUGACCAGUGAGGGCAUCGUCUUCAUCACAGACUUCUCCCACUCGAAGCCCCCUGGAAGUGCAGGCAAGAAGGUCUACAUUGCCAGUCCUCACGCCAGCCCAGCUCACACCAAACCUGUUGCUGCACCGGCCCCUGCACCUACCGGCGCCAAGAAGGCCCUGAACAAAGUCAAAGUGCUCAUCACCAACGAGAAGCCCAGCGCUGAGGCAGUGACCCUGAAUGACUGCCUGCAGCUGUCCUACCUGCCCUCCAAGAGGAACCACAUGCUGCUGCUGUACCCGCGGGAGAUCCUCAUCCUGGACCUGGAGCUCAGCCAGACCGUGGGAGUGGUGGCCAUCGAGCGCUCUGGCGUCCCCUUCAUACAGGCGGUGCCCUGUGCCCAGAGAGACACUCUCUACUGUCUGCAUGAGAACGGCUGCAUCACGCUGCGGGUGUGUCGCUCCACGUCGCCCUCUGCAGACGAGGCAGGCCAGAGCACCGGUCAGACCUCCGAUGCGGAGCAGAGUGCCCAGGAGCUGGUGUAUGACCUGCGCUCGCAGUGCGAUGCCAUCCGGGUCACUAAGACGGUGCGGCCGUACCGCAUGGUCAUCUGUCCCAUCAACGAGAACCGCGCCGCCCUGGUGGUCAGCGAUGGCAGAGUCAUGCUGUGGGAGCUGAAAGCCCACCCAGCCAAGGCCCCGGCCAACCUCAGCUCAGGGCUGUCUCCCCUGUACUCUCCAGUGGCCUUCUGUGGGACUCCGUUGGCUCCGAACCAGAAGCACAUCUCAGACCUCUCCCUCAACACCAUGAUUGGUCACAGUCUGAUCUCUGGCAUGGAGCCGGCGCGCCCGGCGGGGCAACAGGAAGUGCUGCUGAAGUUCCUGCUGACGGGUCUGCUGUCCGGCCUGCCCCUGCCCCCCUUCGCCCUGCGCAUGUGCCCCCCGCUGACCACCAAAAACAUCAACCACUACCAGCCCCUCCUGGCCGUGGGCACAAGCAACGGGUCCGUGCUCGUCUACAACCUGACCAGUGGCCUACUCCACAAGGAGCUGAGUGUCCACUCGUGUGAAGUCAGAGGGAUUGAAUGGAUCAGUCUCACCAGCUUCCUGUCCUUUGCCACCUCAGCGCCCAAUAACCUGGGCCUGGUGAGGAAUGAGUUGCAGCACGUCGACCUCCCAACAGGGAGGUGCUUUGCAUUCAGAGGAGAGCGGGGAAAUGAUGAGCCGGCCAUAGAGAUGAUUAAAGUUUCUCAUCUGAAGCAGUACCUGGUGGUGGUGUUCAGGGACAAGCCUCUGGAGCUUUGGGACGUGAGAACUGGAACCCUGCUGCGCGAGAUGGCCAAGAACUUCCCCACCGUCACAGCACUGGAGUGGUCUCCGUCUCACAACCUGAAGAGCCUGAAGAAGAAGCAGAUGGCGGCGCGGGAGGCCAUGGCUCGCCAGACGGUGUCGGACGCCGAGCAGAGCAGCGUGGAGUCGUCCGUCAUCAGCAUGCUGCAGGAUGCCGAGAGCAAGUCGGAGUCGAGCCAGUCCAUCUCGGCGCGGGAGCACUUUGUGUUCACCGACACCGACGGCCAGGUCUACCACAUCACCGUGGAGGGCAACAGCGUGAAGGACGGCGCGCGCAUCCCCCCCGACGGCAGCAUGGGGAGCAUCGCCUGCAUCGCCUGGAAGGGGGACACGCUGGUGCUGGGGGACGUGGACGGCAACCUCAACUUCUGGGACCUCAAGGCCCGCCUGUCCAGGGCGGUCCCCACACACCGCGGCUGGGUGAAGAAAAUCCGCUUCGCCCCGGGGAAAGGCAACCAGAAGCUGCUGGUCAUGUACACGGACGGCGCCGAAGUCUGGGACACCAAAGAGGUUCAGAUGGUGAGCAGCCUGCGCGUGGGCCGCAACGUCAGCUACCGCAUCCUGGACAUCGACUGGUGCACCUCGGACAAGGUGGUGCUGGCCUCCGACGACGGCUGCAUCCGCGUGCUGGAGAUGGCCAUGAAGUCCGCCAGCUACAGGAUGGACGAGCAGGACCUGACCGACCCGGUGUGGUGUCCAUACCUGCUGCUGCCCCGUGCUGCCCUCACACUGAAGGCCUUCCUGCUGCUGCAGCCCUGGUCUGGUAGCUUCACCAUGGACAUCACACAAGUAGAUUACAACGAGAAGGAUGAAAUCAAGGGCCUAAUUCAGGAGCAGCUCAACUCCCUGUCAAACGACAUCAAAAGCGUCCUGCAGGACCCCGAGCUGAACCUGCUGCAGCGCUGCCUCCUCGUCUCACGGCUGUUUGGCGACGAGUCGGACCUCCAGUUCUGGACCGUGGCGGCGCACUACCUCCAGGCGUUCGCCCAGGCGCGGCUGCUGAGCGUGCCCGACACCGAGGGCCAGCGUCCGGCCGAGGUCUCGCCGGCCGCCGGCCCCGCCACCCACCUGGACAUCUGCCACGACACGCUGUGCGAGAGCACCUUCUUCCAGAGGUUCCAGUUGGAGCGGGUGCAUCUGCAGGAGGUGAAGAGGUCCAGCUAUGAGCACACCAAGAAGUGCGCUGACCAGCUCCUCCUGCUGGGCCAGACUGACCGGGCGGUACAGCUGUUGCUGGAGACCAGUGCAGACAACCCCAGCUAUUACUGCGACUCGCUCAAGGCCUGCCUGGUGACCACCAUCACCUCCUCAGGGCCGUCGCAGAGCACCAUCAAACUGGUGGCCACCAACAUGAUCGCCAACGGCAAGCUGGCAGAGGGCGUGCAGCUGCUGUGUCUGAUAGAUAAGGCGGCGGACGCCUGCCGUUACCUGCAGACAUAUGGAGAGUGGAACCGCGCCGCCUGGCUAGCCAAGGUGCGUCUGACUCCGGCGGAGAGCUCGGACGUGCUGAAGCGCUGGGCGGAGCACCUGUGCUCGCCGCAGGUCAACCAGAAGUCCAAGGCCAUCCUGGUGCUGCUGUCCCUUGGCUGCUUCCACAAAGUGGGCGAGAUGCUCCUCAGCAUGAGGUACUUUGACCGGGCGGCGCUCUUUGUCGAGGCGUGUUUGAAGUACGGCGUGAUGGAGGCCAACGACACCACCAAUAAGCUGAUCGGCGCGGCGUUCUCCGACUACGCGCGGCUGCUGCGCUCGGUGGGGCUGCGCGAGGGCGCGGCGCUCUGGGCCUCCAAGGCGGGCAGCGCGGGCGAGGAGCUACUGGAGGAGCUCUUCCAGAAGGCGGCGGCGGCGGCGGCCACCGAGGCGGAGGCGGAGACCGGGCCCGACGGCGAGGAGCAGGAAGGCCUGCUGAUCAGCACCGAGUAGAGAGAGGCCCGAGCAGACGACCACACCCACUCCCAGAGACGGAGAGGGAGGCCGCGAGAAGAGGGGAGGGAAGACACAGCGGAGAGAAGAAGGGUCGAGUCAGGAAGGGAUAAGAGGGAUGGGGAGCGACAGAUCAAAGAAAGAGAAAGAGCUGUCUCCUCUCUCUCUCUCUCUCUCUUUUUUCUCUCCUUAUCCUCUUCUCCCUGUCCACUACACCUCACCUGUGAGAUGGAGAGGUGACCGCAACCGUAGAAAACACCAGGACCAGAGUGUCCUGUUUGUUGUGUGUGUGUGUGUGUGUGUGUGUGUGUGUGUGUGUGUGUGUGUGUGUGUGUGUGUGUGUGUGUGUGUGUGUGUGUGUGUGUGUGUAAUUAGAUGUUCUUAUCAUGGUCAGUUAGAUGUUGCCCGAUUGCAGUGGCCUGAGUGCUUAGUCGGUGUUCUUGUCAUCCUCUGGUUCUGUGCUACACUCCUGUGUGUGAAUGACCUUCUCUCAUUAGAACACAUGUCUGCGCUGUGGAAGCAGUCAUCAGUAGCUUUGCCAUAGACAGCAUAUUAGUCAAAAGAAAAGCAUCGCCUGUCUAUAUACUGUAAAACAUUCCAAAAUGCCAUUAUUUUUGCACUUUUACUUUGUACCAAAUCUUCUGUUUUUAUUUCUUUGUUUGUCUUGUGGAAUAGCAAAAAAAAAAAACUGUUCUGUACUAAAAAUCGGAAACCAUAGUGAGCGAGUCCUGCACAUGAAUGGAGUCGGCCUCCUUUCUUCCAAAAGAUCUGGAGAAGCUCUGCAGCGCGUGUUCAGCAGAGCGGCUUUCUCCUCCAGCCACAGUGCACGGUGAGCAGCAGGGCUGCAACACUACUGGGUGCCUCCUUAAAGGCUGCCAAAGGUAGAACCGAUACAACACAGGACUAGGGGGGGGGGGGGGUUGAGCACCGUGUGCAUUACGCCACCACAGGCAACUAGACCAGUGAUGUUCAAUGGAAGGCAAGGCUGAGCUCUGUAAUCCCUUUUAAUUCCCUCGUCUGCCCUGACAUGUUUAAAUACACGCCUCUCAGAAUGGAUCCUUUACCUUCGCGCCGUACGCACAUGGGCGAGCUGUGGGUUUGGGGCGUUCGGGCGUCGGAUUAGAAAGGGUGACGGUAUACCGGCGCCUUACCUAGCAGCACGGUUCCUGAGCAGGCUCUGCAAGUUACUGACAAUCAGGAAGAGACAGUGACAUUGUAUCGUAAUGCGCCUGAGCUACACAAGUAAAUCUAAUCUUGUUCAGCUGGGGCAGGGAGGGGAGAGGCUGGGCUGGGCUGGGGCCAUUAUGGUGUCGCAUGUGGCACUCAUGAUCAAGCACAAUGCUGAUUGGUCCAAGGCAUUCCUCUCUUUUCACUUGCUCAUAUCAAGAUAUAGGCAGAUAAUUCAGUGCAAUGUCUCAAAUUCAAAACACAUAUUCUAAAGAUAGUUUUCUGAAUAUAUUAAAAAUAUGAAAUUAUAUAUGUU